AACCAGCAGCUGCAGGCAGCUAUUGCUGAGGCUGAGGAGCGGGGUGAGAUGGCGCUCAAGGAUGCUCGGAUAAAACUGGAAGAGCUGGAAAGUGCCCUGAGCAAAGACAAGGAGGAGCUGGCUCGCUUGCUGAAGGAGUACCAGGAGCUGCUGAACAUCAAGAUUGCGCUGGACGUUGAGAUUGCCAUGUACAGGAAACUGCUGGAGGGAGAGGAGAACAGGCUGUGCAACGAUGGCAUGUCCAACGUCAAUGUCUCCGUGGUAGGCAGGACCAGCAUCUCUGGAGGCAGAGGAGGCAUGGGAGGAGGCUUCGGAGGCGGCAGCGGCAUGGGAGGAGGCUUCGGAGGCGGCAGCGGCAUGGGAGGAGGAAUGGGAGGCGGCAGCGGCAUGGGCGGAGGAAUGGGAGGAGGCCUCUGUGGAGUAGGAAGCAGCAUCGGAGGUGGAAGCAUGGGCGGCAGCUGUGGAAUGGGAGGAGGGAUGUACAGCGGUGGCUUCUCUUCUGGAAGUGGAAGGCUGUGCGGCUCUGGAGGUGGCAACUUCGGCUCUGGUGGGGGAUCGUCCUCCAUACGGAGAUGCGUCACGACCACCUCCGUCAAAUCUUCAGGAGUGAGAUUCUGA